AUGCGUAUUUGGGUGAAAAAGUCCCAUAUUCUAACCGGAUUUGAAAAGGAGAAUAGCAACUUGACCCAGAUCCCGUCAAUUCAGCCAUGCCAUCUAGUGGGACCCUGGAGCUGGGCCUUCUCUGUCUCUGCACCUGCCCGUUGGAAGAGCACCCCCUCCCCAAGAUCCACACCGUCUCUUCUUUGCCUGUCUUCAGUUUACCAGUUGUUUGAAAAUGCGGCAAAAAAGUAUGAUGAAAUGAAUGAUUCGAUGACUCUCGGAAUCCAUCGUAUCUGGAGAGACAUCCUGCUGUGCCACAUGAACCCUUAUCCAGGAGCCCAGUUAAUUGAUGUUGCUGGAGGGACAGGUGACAUCGCCUUUCGAUUUCUCAAUUAUGUUCGUUCCCAGCGGGAGCAUCAGAUCCAGCAGAAGCUGAGAUCCCAUCAGAAUUUAUCGUGGCAGGAGAUUACCCACCUUUACCAGGAAGAGGAGAAUGGAUCUCUAGGGGGAUCCCACGUAGUGGUCUGUGACAUUAACAAAGAGAUGGUGAAGGUUGGGAAGCAGAAAUCUCAGCAGCUUGGCUACUCUGAAGGAUUGUCCUGGGUGGUGGGGAAUGCUGAAGAUCUGCCCUUCCAGGAUGACAAGUUUGAUAUUUACACAAUUGCUUUUGGUAUCCGUAAUGUCACUCAUAUGGACCAGGUGCUUCAGGAAGCUUAUCGAGUUCUGAAACCAGGAGGGCGGUUUCUCUGUCUUGAAUUCAGUCAAGUCAACAAUUCCCUUCUUUCCAGGUUGAAAACCUACCAGUAUCUUGUAGAAAGCAUAAGGCGCUUUCCGGCUCAGGAGGAGUUCAAGGAAAUGAUUGAAGAUGCAGGCUUUGUGAAGGUGGAAUAUCAAAACCUGACCUUAGGCAUUGUGGCCAUUCAUUCUGGCUUCAAGCUGUGAUUGUCGUUUUGUGGGGCUGAGGGAAAAACACUUGUCUUCCACUUGUCUUCCUCUGUGCCUUAUCUCCCAGGCAGGUGAUUAAAAGGAAUGAAUCACUCAGAAGACCUUAAAUAUCAAGUCUGAAAUGCAGUAUUUUUUGUUAUGAAACGUCUUCAAGAAAUAAAUGAAAUCUAACCCA